AUCUUGAAACUGCAGAAGACUCUUUGAUGGCUCAGCGGCUUAGAUGGCUUGAUCAUCUAGAACGUAUGGAAGAUCAUCGUCUGCCCAAGCAGCUGCUUCAUGCGUGGCUACCAUCAACUCGUCCAGCGCAUGGGGUCAGACUAAGGUGGAAAGACAGGAUUGUAAAAGACCUCAAAAUGGUUGGCCUAACAAGCACCUGGUCCCAGCUUAUGCAGGACAGGCAGAAGUGGAAGAACGUCUGUGCUAGCAAAAUUAACUCAAUCGUCACUUCAAGAGUAGAACUAGAAAAUGCCCAAAGUAGUCAGAAGGCUCGUGACAGAGCCGAUCCCAGCAGAUGUCAAGACCAACAGCCUCUGCUGUGCACUACCUGCAAGCGACUGUUUAAGUCACAAACAGGGAAAAAAGACACAAUUGCAACAGAGAACAAAAUCGCCCAGAUCCCGGGAACGAGCAAAGGCCGGAAUCAAGUGCGACAGAUGCAGUUGUUUAUUCACACGAGAGAGUGACAAGAAAAGACAUAAAUGCCAUCAAUGUAUUUAGAUUUGUAACGUAUUUACCAGAUAGUGACUUCUUUUUCCUACGCUUUUUACGUUUCGCCAUCAUCCAUGUGGAUGGGCAGUUGAAGGUUGAAUGUUGAAGGUGUGUGUGUGUGUGUGUGUGUG